AUGCGGAUCGGCGGAGCUCUGCUGCCUGCGCUCGCUGUAUUCGCGGCGCUGCUGCUGCACGCGCACAACGACUUUGGCCCCGUGGACUCGUACCUCCCCUCAGCUACUGCCAAUGCCACCGUCGAGGCCCACUUCAGCGACUCGUACUACCAGGCACGAGCGCUCUUCCGGUCACGCGCAGAGGCUGCCGGCGCCGAUCUCUUCUCGCUUCCACUGGAGCAUCUCAGAACGUUAGAUUUGACGGUGGACAUGGCGGUGCUCCCGGGGUCAAGGGAUUGCGUGCUGUUGCACAUUUCAGGCACGCAUGGUGUCGAGGGCUUCGCGGGGAGCGCGAUCCAGUCGGCGCUGCUGGAGCGAGCAGCGAAAAGUCCCAGCUCCGCCAAGCUCAGGCCAACCGUCAUCUUCGUGCACGCUCUCAACCCCUACGGAUUCGCCCAGCUUCGUCGAUUCAAUGAGCACGGCGUGGACUUGAACCGCAAUUGGCUCACGCAGGAGGAGUUCCAGGAGCGCCAGAAGCGCGACCCGAACCGCCUGGGUUAUCUGGACGUGUACGGCCUGCUGAACCCGACGGAUCUGCGCGGCUUCAAUAACUGGUUCUGGGUGAAAGCCAUCGUUCACUUGGCCACCAAGGGCUUCGACGCGAUUAAGAAGGCGACAAUUGGUGGCAAUUAUCGCUUCCCACAGACGUUAUUUUACGGUGGGAAGGAGCUGGAACCGAGCUUGGCGCUGCUGCAAGCCUUCCUGCGCGAGCAUGUGGAUUUUAGCGGCGUAAAGAAGUUUGCGAUGAUUGACGUCCACACGGGACUUGGGCCUGCUGGCGUUGACACUCUCAUGCUUGGGGCGGCGAGUGACAUGGCCGUCGCACGCGAUGUCUUCACGGGUCCAGAGUACACGGACAAGGUAGUCUUCGUGCACGACAACGACAACCCAGUGUCGCGUGGGUAUGAUGGCGUUGGCGGAUUCACUUUUGACGGUGUAGCGAGUUUGCUUGGACCGCAGACUAAACGAAACGCGCUUCUCUUCUGCCAGGAAUUCGGGACGGUGCCGGGGGUGUUCAUCCUCAAAGCGAUGAUCGAGGAAAACGCCAUGUAUCACCACAGCCCAUCACCCGUGAGCCGAUUGCCGUACGCUCAAAAACUUCGGGAUGUGUUUUAUCUGCAUCAGAGCGGCACGUGGAAGAGCGAGGUCCUUCGUCGCGGUGCUGACGUGUAUGACCGGAUCCAUGCGUAUUUGUCCGCGUAA